CAAAGCCGUCAAGCGCAUUUUAUAUUCUAAACAUGAAUUUAUUUCUUGUGUAUAUAUUGACAGUUUUUGUGACUCUUGGAACAGUAAUUGGUGAGGAUGAAAGUGCUACAUUGCUGAAAAUUAUUGAAAAACACGAACUGAUGAUUCGACGUCUAGAGGAAAAGAUAGAUAAACAAGACAAAAGAAUCGCUGAACUUGAAAGAGGAUGUGAUCAUCGGGUGCAGAAAGUUUCGGAUAUCCAUGAUGCGGCCAAUCCGUAUGAAGAUGAAGUGCAUUAUCAUGGACGAAAUGAAACGGAGAAACCAAGAGAUUUGAAAAACACAUUAAAAGCUGUGACUCCAAGGAAAAAUAACAAAGGAGAGAAUAACGUAGUCACCAGCAAUCUGAAGCACCGAAGGUUUCUAUUGGAAACUCCAACGCCCUCAGCUAAAACAUCAACUGUCAUAGGUUUUUACGCAUAUCUCGGAACUCACGAUUCUUCGCCAGCCCCCAACAAAGUCAUCGUAUUUGAUACCAUCAAAGCAACCUCUGGUCACGACUAUAACCCCUACAGCGGAAUCUUUACCAUUCCCGAAAGUGGGAUGUACGUCUUCACUUGGACGAUCGAAUGCGACGGAAAUGGCCAAAUCUUCACCAAAAUCGUAAAGAACUCCAGCGUAUUUGGUUCCAUUGCGUCUGACAGCAACCAUGAAAUAGAGUAUCGCAUGUCAACCGGUGUAGCAUUGACUCUGGCAAAUAAAGGCGAUAUUGUAUUUGUUCAAGUGCACAGUGCACAGAAUACGAAAAUUCAUAGCUCCGAUUACGCAAGAUCUUCAUUCAGUGGCUGGAAAUUAAAUUGA